AUUGUCUAUUAAUGGAUUGUACGCUGCAGCAGCUGCUCGUCCGCUAAGGUCCUUUUCGUGCGAUAAGAUCGUCUGAUAGCGAACGAUUUCAACGUAUACUAUUGGUUAAACGCGCGUUUCCUCUUCGUUGUCCAUCGACAACUUUUGGAUUCCAAAAUCGGCGGUGAUACGACAAAUGGUCCCAUUUACUUAAUCGUCAAAAUAAACGUCAAUCAGUCUUUAUAAUAACAUUUUUACUUAUUUCGUAAUAUCUCGUUUAGUCGUCGCACAUCAUGGCCCGCGUUUUGGUCGGUGUUAAGCGCGUAAUCGAUUACGCAGUGAAAAUCCGCGUCAAACCCGACAAGUCAGGCGUCGUCACCGACGGUGUCAAGCACGGCCUAAAUCCAUUCGAUGAGAUCGCCAUCGAGGAAGCCGUCCGCCUCAAGGAGAAGAAAAUUGCGUCCGAAGUGAUCGCAGUGUCGUGUGGCCUGCCGCAGGCACAGGAAUCGUUGCGCACCGCUCUCGCAAUGGGCGCAGACCGUGCCGUCCACGUCGAGGUGCCACAGGCCCAGUAUGACAGUCUGCUGCCGCUGCACGUGUCCAAGAUUCUGGCCAAAGUGGCGAUGGACGAGAAAGUGGACAUCGUUGUAGUCGGCAAACAGGCCAUCGACGACGAUUCCAACCAAACGGCCCAGAUGACGGCGGCCCUGUUGGGUUGGCCGCAGGCCACGUUCGCAUCCGAGGUGACCGUAGCGGACGGUAACAUGGUGGUUAAGCGCGAAGUGGAUGGUGGCUUGGAAACGGUCAAGGUCAAGUUGCCAGCCGUCAUCAGCGCUGACUUGCGACUCAAUGAACCACGGUAUGCCACACUGCCCAACAUCAUGAAGGCCAAGAAAAAGCCCAUCAAGAAGCUUUCAGCCACAGAUGUUGGUGUGGACUUGGCGCCACGUCAACAGGUGUUAAGCGUAGAAGACCCGCCUACCAGACAGGCCGGUUCUAUUGUGCCUGAUGUCGACACUCUUAUUACCAAGUUAAAAGAAAAGGGUCAUUUGUAAUGUAAUAUCGAGAACACUAUAGUUUUAAUCACAAAAAAUAAGUGAUUUUCAGCUGUUACAAACAAUAUUUUUUUUUUGUAAUUUAAAAAUUAAAUAUAAAU